AUAUCGUGUGCGCUUGUGCAGGUUCAUUCUAUUCCAGGGGCGAGUGUUAUUACAAGGCCUAGAAUUGAAUGCAUCUGCAUAGAAUAAAAUAAUACUCUGUAGAAUUAGAUAUCAUAACAAAUGCUCAUUUGACGCGUUGCUUGCAAACAACCCAAUCCGGAUAAAAAUGGCUGAAUUACCGAUGGGGAAAGUGGUCACCGCAGGGAAAAUAGCAAGCAAUGUACAGAAAAAAAUUACCAGGGCUCAGGAAAAGGUUCUCCAAAAGCUUGGCAAGGCAGAUGAGACUAAAGAUCUGGCAUUUGAAGAGGGUGUGAUUAAUUUUAACAAACAGCUGGUGGAAGGUACCAAACUGCAGAAAGACCUUCGGGCCUAUUUGACUGCAGUAAAAACCAUGCAUGAAUCUUCUAGACGUCUGUACGAGUGCCUGGAUGACAUGUAUGAGAAUGAUUGGUAUGGAAGAAAGGAUGUGGACUCCAUCUGUGAGGAUUCAGACCUUCUUUGGACAGACUUCCAUCAGAAACUUGUGGAUCAUGCGCUUAUAUCCAUGGACACCUACCUGGGCCAGUUUCCUGACAUCAGAGCCCGUAUUGCGAAGCGUGACAGGAAGCUGGUGGACUUUGACAGCGCACGGCACAACUUUGCUGCGGUAAACAAAGGCAAGAAAGGAAAGGAGGGGAUUAAGAUCACCAAGCCGGCUUCCUUGCUGGAGAGAGCCGCCCCGGGUUGGGCUCAGGGGAUCCUGUCCGCCCAUAACGUAGCUCAGACCAGCCUCUCCAGGAGUCAGGCAGAGGAAGAGCUGGAAAGGGCACAGAAGGUGUUUGACGAAAUUAAUAUAGAUUUGCAGGAGGAACUUCCAUCUCUGUGGAACAGUCGUGUUGGCUUUUAUGUGAAUACAUUCCAGAGUGUGGCUGGUCUGGAGGAGAAGUUUCACAGAGAAAUGGGAAAAAUCAAUCAGAAUCUGAAUGAUACACUGGUUAAAUUAGAAAAUCAAGAUAUGUCCAGAAAAACAGGUAGCCAAGGGGUGAGGACAUCAACAGCCCAGAAGAGCUCCAGUGAAAGAACACAAGAUGCCAAUCACACUUUGAGCCCAGGAGGACCGCCAGCCAUUCCCAAAUCUCCGUCUAAGUUAAAGCCAGCUGUCCCUCCGCCUCCUAAAGCUACUCCAUCUAAGGAUCUGAAGCAGGAGAGCAUUAUUAAUCUAUUUGGUGAGGCUGCCACUCCGAACAUCAGUGUCACUUCGCCAACACAGUAUGAUGCCCCAGCCACUGCUAAUCUGCUGGAUAUGGAUCUGGACUCGCUUCAGGCCGCCACCACCCCAGCCGCACAGAAUUGGGAUCCAUGGGAGCAUACAGAGAAUGAAGCCGAGGUACCUCAGACAUGGGACGAUGAUGGUCCUCAGACUGUGCACUCUGGCUGGGGUGAUGAUGGUACCCAGGCUACCUGGGAUGAUGAUGGUAGCCAACCUGUGCAUGCUCCGGCCACAUUCCCCACCUGGAAUGAUGAUGAAGGCUCUCAGCCUGUGCAGGGGAAUGACAUUGAUUCUACCCAGCAGGCCGAGGGGUGGGACGAGGAUGGGGCUCAGGCCACAGAACAGGCAGUUGUUACAGAAGAGACAGUAGCCGAAACUGUAAGUGAUACUGCAACAGCAGCCACAGAGAGCACAGAGAAUGUAGAGAUGCCAGAAGCCUUCCUGUUCAAAGUGAAAGCAAUGCAUGACUACAAUGCCAAUGACUCGGAUGAGUUGGAGAUGAAGGCAGGAGAUGUGGUGCUGGUAGUGAGCUUUGAAAAUCCAGAGGAGCAGGAUGAAGGGUGGUUGAUGGGAGUCAAAGAGUCUGACUGGAUUCUGCAUAAAGAUCUUGAGAAAAAGGGAGUCUUUCCUGAAAACUUCACCCAGAGGAUGUGAGCGCUUGUGAUCAGCUUGAUCUGUGACACUGUUUCCCCCAUCUAUAUUACUCCUUUUUGCUUCCUUUGAAAAUGCAGACCAGAAAAACUACUAUACCAACAAAUGCACCGCCACAGGCAAUCAGCUGGUUAUGUUUGUGGAAGUUGUUGACAGGUUAGUCAGUGCAUUGUUUUGAGUGUCCUCACUCAUAUUUGUCAUGCUUUGAAUAUGAUUGGAUCCACCUUUGACAAAAUAAGUGAUAGUAUUUUUUUCUAGCCUUUUCUAAUUGAGGGAGUAACAUACCCAAAGUAAGUCCUUGCUGUAAAUGUUUUUAGACUAGCCACACUUAACCAUUGUCCCGUUUUGAGUGAAAAAGUUUUAAGUCAUAUCUCAUGAGCUCACAAACUGGUGAACGAAACAGAUAGUCUGAUACUGAGGACUAUUUGAGCUGCAUGGUAUAUAAUUAUGUCACUGGUGGAAACAAACAGUAUUUCUUUUAAAAUGGUGAAUACCCUAUCAAUGAUGUGUUCUAAGAAUGUUUUGUUAAUGUUCCCGUAUAUAUUACAUGAUAUAUAUAUAUAUAUAUACUGUACUGUGUAUAUAUAUAUAUAUAUACAGUAAAUUCUUUCAUAUAUUCUUGGUUAUGCCAACAUUAAGGGAACAUUCUGGGAACAUUUCAUAACAAUAAAAACUAGUAACUAGUAUAACAUUUUAAAAAAAAAACAUUAGAUGAAUGAUAUAAAAAUAAAGUUUUUGUGCUAAUGUUUUAGAACAUUAUUAAGUAUCAGAAAACUUUGAAAAAACAUUCUGUUAACGUAAAUGGAAAAAUGUUCGUUCAUAACUUUGAGAGAACUUUCCAGAAAGUUCUGAGAAUGUUCCCUGUUAACUAGGUAAUUGUUUCCAUUUCUUCACGGGAAUGGAGUUUGACUGCUCUGUCAAAUAUCUACCAGCACCAUUUCUGCAUGUUUAAAUCAGGAACAAACUAAAAAGUACAAAUAAAUCAGACUAAUAUAGUUAAAGGAGUAUUAAGAAACAAAAACCAUAUGCACUCGUUCCAUAUGCAGUUAAUGUUGACACCAACAAGGCUGAUGUAUUUAACCCCAGACUCUUGCUCAGGUUGUAUGUUAAUGAACCUGUGUGCUGUUUCUGACCCUUAGCUUUACUGUAUACACGAUAUAUCACUGUCAGUGUCCACAGAUGUUUUUGAUAAAGCCAUUUCCGAUAUUAAUAUUUGAUUAAUAGUUCACUGUGCAAACGCAGUCAUACACAUGAUUUGUCUCGGUCAUUUACUUGUAGUAAAAAUUGCGGUUUAUAUUCCGUGAAGGAGAAUUUCUUAACAUGUAAUGCAAUAAGCUCUGCACAGAUUUUUAAUUCUUUAUUAAUUGUAUUCAUAGACGUGUCGGACGUUUUGGCAAAGUGUGGAUAUUAUUAAUGCUCACUUGUGUGAGUUUUAAUAAAGUGCAACAUGCGAAAGUGACUCAAAAUAUGCAUAAUAUGACUUCAAUCCACUUACAGUACACUGUAUUUAUAGUUUUAUUUUUGUAAAUUGUGUGACAAAUGCGAGUUAAAAUUAUUCCAUGUGCCAUGAUCGCUGGCUUAUAUACUGGGGUCUUUCUCAGUGUUGUAAACUCUGGUCUUUUCAUGUCUGAUCAGAACUGACCAUCCAUCCCUACUGUAGCAACAAGAGGUUUAGUGCAUCUGAGGUUAUGAACUUUGAUAAGGACCGAACUUAAGUUGGUAUGGCAGAGAUAUUGAUUCUCCAGUCAUCUGUUGCGCUGAAUAAGAACUUGUUUGCUCUUUGUUUGGUUUGUUUGUUACUUCUGAUCUCUUUCUCUUAUUGGACGUGUCAUGUGACCCAAGCUUUCGGGGGAGUUCUUGCCACGCUUCUGCAGUUUUGAAGCAAGUGUGUGUUUGCUUUUUGUACCCUGUACUAAGAAAUCAAAUGUGAUCUGUAUAGAGACUGAUUACUGAGUUAUUCAAGCUGCCAAUGCAUCUUUAAUGACCUCUCGCUCAAGCUCUUAAUUAAAGCGAAAGUCCCCAGAAUGAGUGGACAAACACUUCCUCCUCCUGUAUUUGAGCACAGUUAGGAUAUUUGCUAGCGUUGUUGCAUUUGUAGCCGUGAACAUUGUGUAGUUUUGUUGGGUUUCGUCACUAAAGAUACAGAUUCUUUGAACAUAUCUAUAUAUGUAAUUAGUGUGAAUGUGAAAGAGGCAUGCUUAAAUCCAUGAGCAGUGUGUCUGUGUGUAGUGACUUGAUGUUUUCUUGCUGAGGUGGCCUGGGAAACCAGGGUCACUUUAUGCCACUGUAAGCCAUGAGUGUAUCAUUCUACAGUCCUGUAUCCUGCUGACUCACCCUAUGCUAAUAAACAUGGAUUUAAUCCUGUAACUUU